UCUCAUGGCUGUGGAUGAGCAGGGUAACUGCGUCUCUGUGGGAGUGACAACUCUCACCGUAACAGCCAGCCUGAAGAACUCCAGAGGUAACAGCGUAGAGGGACUGGAAGGAAGCACCACCAUCGUAUUUAGCACCUGCUGGGCAAACUUCACCGACCUGUCCAUUCAAAACGCCGGUGAGGACCUGACCAUGGUCUUCACUCUGAAGGAGUGGGGCACCCAGUCACGCGCCUUCUCUGUCAGAAACACUUCAACUACUCCGACUCCAACCACUCAGGCUCCAUCCACUCUGUCCACAACCCAACAGCCCACUACCAGCAACACUUCAAGUACUCCGACUCCAACCACUCAGUCUCCAUCCUCUUUGUCCACAAACAUACAGUCCACUACCAGCAACACUUCAACUACUCUGAAUCCAACCACUCAGUCUCCAUCCUCUCUGUCCACAAACAUACAGUCCACUACCAGCAACACUUUAAGUAAUCUUACUCCAACCACUCAGUCUCCAUCCUCUCUGUCCACAAACCAACAGUCCACUACCAGCAACACUUUAAGUAAUCUUACUCCAACCACUCAGGCUCCAUCCUCUCUGUCCACAAACCAACAGUCCACUACCAGCAUGACCACCGUAAGCUCCAGCUCAACCGUGUCUGCCGGCAGUCUGUGUCUGGUCAGCGUCAUCUACGCUGUGGCCUGCUGCUUAGGUGGCACCCCCAUAUGUUAAAUAGUUCUGUGGAUUUAAGAGGGUUUUAUGAAGGAUACCUCAACACAAACAAGUCUGCUAAAUGAAAAAAUGUAAUCCUUAAAUAUAUGAUGCACAUGGGUGGUGAUUUGUUUCUUGUGUUCAAUUUUUAAUUAAGAUUUAGUUGGGGUUGAAAUAUCUUUUUUUCUGUCUGGUGUUGUGUGAAUGUCUGUUUGAUAUGAAUACACUUUGAGUGUAAGAUCCAUAUAGGUUUUCUAUUUUAAAACAGACUGUAACAACAUGA